CAGAAAGCAGACACCCAGCACAUAUCAUCAGUAUCUGCCUAUACACAAUAGAAAAUAGGUGCUCGUAUUUUAUUUCGGAAAAGUCUUUAAAAACCAAUCAUGGGAGCAGCUUUUCUGCCAGUUCUUUUCUUCACAGCCCUUUGGGCUGGCGUGGGCAUUGUUUUGCCAUUCUUCAUUCCCAAAGGACCCAAUAAAGGAAUUCUACACGUGAUCCUAUUGUUAACAGCUUUCACAUGUUGGUUAUUCUGGUUAUGCUGCUACAUGGCACAAAUGAACCCACUUGUUGGGCCACUGUUAUCAAGAAGUACUAUUCUAGCAAUGGGAGCUGAAUGGGAAAAAAACAACCCAUUCCAGACGUAAAUCACGAACGAUGAAGUUAAAUUAAAUUUUGGUUUAUUUAUAUAUUUAUUACGUUGUGAGUAAUACACAUCAAGAAAACAUUAAAUAUUUUGCAAGUGCAGAAUUAUUCUUAAUGACUGUACAAAAGUUUUUUUGGUAAAGUACAACUGAUCAAAUAUUUAUUUAAUUUUAUUUAUAACCACCUCUAUUCUGAUUUUUGAAAUUAUUUUUCUAAAAUUUUUUUCAUUCCAUAAAUUUCAAGGGAUAGUUCAACUUUAAAAUGUGAUUUAAUUUUGUUUUGUUUAGCACUGUAACUUAAUACUGUACGUUGAAACUUGCAAGUGAAAAAGAAAUUUAUGAUCCCUUUCAAAGAUUAUAGUGGAAUUGUAUCUUGUUAUUCUGUUAUAUUGUGCUUUACAAAAUUGUAAAGGUUUUUGAUGCAAUAUUUAUUGUUAUGUUAGACAUACAUCAUCAUUACACAAAAUAUGUACUUGAAAACCAAAUUAUAUAAAUGUAAAAAAUAUAAUAUUAUAUACUAAAUGAUGUGUAGUGAAAUAGUCUCAUCAUUGUAAAUCUUUCCAUUUAUUAUUUUAUUGAAUGUAUUAGAAUAAAAAAAUGUAUGUAAAAACUUAA